AUGGCUUUUUCAAUAUUUCAUUUGAUUCUUCUCUCAAUAUGUUGUUUAUCAAUUCAAACAGUUUUAAGUGCAACAUCUUGUGAUCGUGGUUAUUAUUUAGAAGGUGCAAAUUGCUAUCCUUGUACACCGGGUAAUUAUUGUCCUGAUGGUUAUCGACAAUUACCAUGUAAUCCAGGUGAAUAUCAAGAUUCAUUCACAUCUUCAUCGUGUUCAGCAUGUGCAAGUGGAUAUUAUACAACAGUAUCAGGUUCAGUUAUAUGUAAUAUAUGCCCAAUAGGGUUCAUGUGCCCAAAUGCUAAUCAAGACCCUGUUGGUUGUGCACGAGGAACUUAUCAAGAUAGUUAUGGUUCCGCGAGAUGUCAACAAUGUUCACAAGGUUAUUAUUCGACAACAGUAAAUGCACAUCAAUGUAUAAUUUGUUCAAAAGGUAAUGAAUGUACACGUCCAGAUCAAGCUCCAUUAGCCUGUCGACCAGGUACAUACUCAUAUGAUGAUGGUUCUUAUUCAUGUUUGACUUGUCCUACUGGAUGGUAUACUACUCAGAAUGGUGCAUUAUUAUGUAGCAUCUGUCCCGAAGGAAGUGAAUGUACAAGAGCUGAUCAACCACCAACUCUUUGUCGACCAGGUACAUAUUCUUCAUCUCCAGGAUCAACGUGUACAUCUUGUCCAUCAAAUACUUAUGCUACUGAAUAUGGACAAGUAUCUUGUAAGCCAUGUCCCCCAGGAUAUGAAUGCACACAAAGUGAUCAACAGCCACGUGCAUGUGCUCGGGGAUUUUAUCGUGAUGGAUCCAUGACUUCUUGUCAACGAUGUCCAACAGGUAUGUGGACUAAAAAUACAACAUCAGUUCGGUGUGAAACCUGUUCCGUUGGUUAUGAAUGUCCUACCACGGAUUCUUCACCAGUGCCCUGUCGUAUCGGUACCUAUGCAUCAAAUAUCAAUACUGCCUCAUGUUUAACAUGUAGUACAGGAUUUUUUACGGUUGAAACACGAUCUAUUCAAUGUCAAAGAUGUCCCCGAGGUUAUUAUUGCCCACAACCAACUAGCAAUCCAUUGGCUUGCCCUCCAGGAACAUAUAGCGACUAUAAACAAACAGUAUGUACAAAAUGUGAUUCAGGAUACUAUGCUCCAAACUCAACAUCUAUUGAGUGUCUUAUAUGUCCACGUGGAUUUGCAUGUGCAAUUCCAAGUGUACUACCUCAAGUUUGUCCAGUAGGUACUAGUGCAAAUUAUGGAGCAGUUUCUUGUUCGGCUUGCUCUCAAGGAUACUACUCGGUUAAAAACAGCUCGGCAGCUUGUACUCCAUGUGCACCUGGAUACUUUUGUGAUACAUCAAAAGAAUGUCCCAAACAAUGUCCUAUAGGCAGUUAUUCAUCAGCAGCUCGUUCAGCAUGUUAUCAAUGUACAUCUACCUGUUCAACAGUAGCUGGUGUUUUUGAUUGUUCAACAUGUAUUACAGCAAAACCAACAGGAUGUCAGCAAUUUUGA